AUGCGGAAGCGGCGCCGCGGCUCGGGUUCCGGACCCGUCGUCGGGGUGAGCGACCCGCUGACGUCACGAGCGCUGUUAAGCUUUACUGCGCUGGCGACGAGGCGGCCAACGAGCCUCUUCCGCGAGAAGGCCGUCCGUCUAAGGUGCCGGGGAGUGGGGCACAGGGAAGAGGUGGCGUGUGCUGCGGCGCUGCUGAGUUGCACACCCGGGGUGUGGGCCGGCCUCUGCCUGCUGAGGGACCUGCCGCUCGAUCCGGCCGCCUUCUCAGUGCAGGCGUGCGGCCGCUGCUACAACUACUCUCUGCCACACGCCUUCCGGGGCCGUCGCUGGCCGCUCCUGGCGUUGCCCGGGGACCCGGGGACACUCGUCCUCCAGCGCGGAAACCUUACCGAGGUGGUGGAGAGCCGCGACCAGCUGCGGCGGCUGGUGUGGGACAGCUUCAGGGAGGAGCAGCUGGCCAGCAGGUGGCUCUCCUGCUGCGACGAGGCCGACCGCUGCUGCGCCCUCAUGGCCAACUCCUCCGGCCAGCCAGCGCCAGAUCAGUGUCCAAUGUCAUGGGAUGGAUGGACCUGCUGGCCUGAAGCCCCGGCACCAUCUGAGCAGCACCUGCCGUGUCCUCCACAGACCACUGUCAGCUCACAGUUACCACACUGCCCACAGCUGUCCCGCAGAGAGUGCCUGGCUGACGGCUCGUGGCGGCUGCCCACCGACUACUCGCCCUGCAGCCGCCUGCCUGGUGUGGUGCGCCGCCUCUGGGUCACCGUGGCAGCCCAGGCUGUGUCUGCUGCCUGCCUGGCGCCCGCCAUCCUGCUCUUCUCCUCCUAUGGGCAGUUGCAGAGCCACCGCGUUUCGCUGCACAAGCACUUCUUCAGCUCACUGCUGCUCUACUCACUGUUCGAGAUCGCCUUCACCCUGGCCGUCAUGCUGCCGUCCCGUUACCAGGACGUGUGGCUGUGUAACGUGCUGCUGCUGACCACCAAGUACUGGCGCUGCAGCAACUACCUGUGGAUGUUCUGCGAGGGCUUCUACCUGCACCGCCUGCUCGCAGCCGCCUUCCAGCCCGAGAGGUCGCUCGUCGUCUUCUACGUCAUCGGCUGGGGUGUGCCGCUGCUGCCAGUGUCCGUGUACGCCCUGCUGCGCCACCUGAUGGCCCAAGGGGAGCCGGCUAGCUGCUGGGUGGAGCCCCACCACAUGGUCGAGUGGGUCCUCUACGUGCCCAGUCUCGUCAGCCUGCUGGUGAACUCUGUGUUCCUGGCACACAUCGUGUGCAUCCUGGUGAGCAAGUUGCGAGCAAACCACUGCCGGGAGCCCAGCUUCUUCAGGAAGGCGGUGCGGGGGACGCUGGCGCUGCUGCCACUGUUCGGCCUGAACCUGCUGGUGUCCCUCUACCGGAUGCCCAACCCGUCCUGCACCUGGGAGCUGCUCUACGCCUACUUCGGGCUGCUGCUGGACGGACUGCAGGGGGCCUUCGUCGCUAUCAGCUUCUGCUUCCUCAACAGAGAGGUCCACAGCGCAGUGAGGCGGUCUUACAAUCUGCUGUCGGACAAGUACCGCGGAGGAGGAGCUCGCUCACAUUCCCGGAGCAGCGAAAGUUGUGGAGCUGCUCACACAACGCUGGCGAGUAUGGAUGGCUUCUGA